AUGUCUUUGCGUCCAUCAUUACCUGCAUGGUGUCCGCCAUAUUCGAAACAAAAGAAGGAUCCAGAAACAAAUGAGGCAGUGUAUUGCAUUUGCAAACGCCCGGACCAUGGAGAGUUGAUGGUUGGAUGUGAUGGUUGCGAUGAUUGGUUCCAUUUUUCAUGUUUGAAGAUACCUACCGUGUAUCAGAAAUUGGUCUUUUCAUUCUUUUGUCCCUAUUGUCAAGCUGGAAUCACAGGCCCUAAGGCUAAUGCUUUAGGUGAUGACCAGAUACCGUAUCCAAAGACCUUAUGGAAACGAAAGUGCAGACUGCCGGACUGUUAUUUACCAGUUAUGGAGAAAAGUAAGUAUUGCUCGAAGGAGCAUGGUGUGGAAUUUAUGAAGGGAAUCAUGGAUAAACUAGAUGUAAGUGACGUGGGGAAGACUCUACGCUCCGAAGAUGAUAAGGAAUCAUUUGUCAGAGAUAUGAUAAAACGAAGUGAGAACGAUCAAGUAGAAGCGUUUAUUAAUUUGGGUGCAUCAGAUUUUAUAGAUAAGGAAGUACCCAAGGAGUUGAAUCCGGAACUUUACCAAAAGAUCAUAACAAAUGAUGACAGAAUGAUUGACCUUCAAAGGAAUCAAGAAACGGUUGAAGGGAUCACAAUACCUGAAAUAAAGAAAAACAUAACGUUACUGGAAAAAUAUGCUAGUUGGGCAAAUGAUAUAAAUAUCAAGCUAAACAAAUCGGUUGAGGAUGAAGGUGACGCAAUGUCAUCUCCUACAAAGAAAAGCACUAAGGGGAAGAAGAAGAAACCCCAUAAUAAAAAUAAACCCAAGAGAAGUAUAUGUGGUUAUAUCAAGUCUUUUGAAACUAUUCCCUGCUCUGUUGAGGAUUUCAUUUCAGAGUACGAUUCCAAUGACCCGACAAUAACACAUAUUCAAGGCGUUUGCCUAAAUAGCAAGUGUCAGAGACAUGCCGGUUGGGUCUCCAUGAGAAUGGAUCAGUAUGUCCAGCAAUUAGAGUCGUCACAGUCGUAUUUGGAAAGGAUAAAAUUGUUAAUGCAUUCAAGAAGGAACCAACUUCAUAUUCAGUAUUAUGAACAGACAAUAAGGCAGAAAGUAGAGAAUAAUUAA